UGCUGAUAUCUGCACAGCUGCGAUAGACAAAUACAUGUUAUAGCGUUUCUUUCUCAUUUUUGAGCUUUUACAUAACGCCAGCUUUUUCCUUAACUGGCUGGGAAGAAAAUCACAAACUUUUGAACAGCUGAGUGAAACAGACAACUAGACUACAGUUUGUAAACAACAGAUAUUUUGAAGAUGAUCUGGGGUCUGUGCCUGCUUUGUCUGGCUGGGGGUUUAGGAGCAGCCCAUGUGGGUCCACUCAGGAAAACAGGCAAGACGGAAGACAACACUGUGCAACAGGAAGACGUCAAUGUACUCAUGUUUGGUAUCAUACAGUUCAGCGAAUCCUUGAAAUAUGCUUUUGAAACCACUGAGGCAAAGAUAGCUAAAAUCAGCCAGACUCUGAUAAGCCAUGAGGGGACUCUGCAAAAGCUGGGAGAGGAGACUGAGCAGGCCGCGGAAGAGGAGAAACAGAUGAAAGAAAUGAUACAGUUGCUACAGGCCCAGAUGGCCAAGCAACAGGCUGAGACCAAGAUGACUAAAGAUUGGCUGGCCGGCAUGGAGCAGGAAGAGGUGGCGCUGAGAACAAAAGUGAAGAAGUUGGAGACAUACGUCAACACCAGCAGCAGCAUCAAAGAGCUGCAGGAGAGAGCAGAGGAGCAUUCCUACGUCUUGAAAAGUUUACAGCAUUUGACCCAGUUCCAUAAAGAGAAUAUUGAGACACUGAAUGAGCAACUCUCAAAACUGCAGGAGAUGAGUGAAAAUAUGACAUAAUUUAUACGAGAUUCACCGGUGAAGUCUCCCAGUCCACCCAGAUCUCAACUCUGUAACGUCACUGCACUCCCUUCAAACCCUGCAAUGUGUGAUAUAGAUCUACUGUAUGCCCAGAACAUAGUUUUUGUUAGUGCUCUUCUGAUUAUGUGCUUGUUGUUUCUUAUCUGCGUCUCAUAUUUUUGUGAUUUUUUUGUCUUCUGUUUGUCUUGACUUUGAUGUAGUUUGUAAACUUUGAGCUGUAGUUAUUAAA